CAGAGAUGUCAGUUCAGGUCACACAGAGCUGAAGUGAGCGCUAAAGUCCGCUGUUUGCGUGUUUCUACGCUAACCUGACUACAUGAGCAGCUUACAGGAACACAGACACAUCUUAUAAUUUAAACCAAAGGAAUCAAAGAGGAGAGCGCUGUAAUCUGCAGAUAUGGGAGCUCUGAUAUCCCGAUGGAAGGCAAAGCCAACCACGGUUGAGCAGCUGGAGAACCUGGACAAGGAGAUUCAAGAGCUGGACGAGUUUAGAGCCAAAAACCAGCGUUUGCAGAAGCUGUGGGUCGGCCGGUUGCUUGUCUACUCGUCAGUCCUCUACCUGCUCAUCUCUCUGAUCGUCUACUGUCUCUACCUACCUGAACAAUGGUUGGAGAGACUCGCCAUGGCCCUGCCUUUCUUCAUAUACCCAGUUCUAGUGUGGUUCAUCAGGAGGUUGUUGAUUUUUAUCUUUUCCAAGCGCACUGAGAGAAACAAUGAUAAACUAGAAGAUUUAAAGGUUUCCAAGAAAAAGAUUCUAGAGGAAGUGAUGGAAACUGAGACGUACAAAAACGCCAAACUCAUCCUGGAACGCUUUGAUCCUGAUGCUAAGAAGAAAGCUGAGCUGGAGUCGACUCCAAUGCGUCCUCAGAUGACUCCCAGGCCAGGGCAAGAGAUUCGGCAGAGGGGGGUAGCAAUGAGACCUAUGCCAAUGGGCACCCCAGGCCCCAUGCCAAUGGGUACCCCAGGUCCCAUGCCAAUGGGCACCCCAGGUCCCAUGCCAAUGACUCCCCAACGUGGAGCACAGCCCCCACUGGGACCAGGGGGCACACCUGUGGAACCUGUUCCUCUCUCAGCUCCAGGAGGACCACCGGAGAGAUCUGCUCUGUCUGCCUCUGUCCUCCAGGGGGCAGUACCCAGGACCCCCUGCUCCCCCAUACCUGGUGUAGGAAUGCAUCCACCAGGUCCUCCAUUAGCAAGACCCAUUCUACCCAAAGACAGGGGAGCGGUGGACCGAGUCAUUGAAUACCUGGUAGGAGACGGACCACAAAACAGAUAUGCGUUGAUCUGCCAGCAGUGUUUUUCUCAUAACGGCAUGGCUCUGAAAGAAGAGUUUGAAUAUCUAGCUUUCCGUUGUGCAUAUUGCUACUUCCUCAACCCAGCCAGGAAGACACGCCCUCAAGCUCCCAGGCUUCCAGAGUUUAGUUAUGAGAAGAGGCUGCGUGCAGAAUCACGUUCCCCAGGACCAACACCACGUUCUGGGACAGACACAGAGGAGAGCACGCCCCCUUCUGGAGGUACAGAAAAACAGAGACAAACAGACACAAGCAGCAAGCAGGAACAAACAAAACCAGCCAAGGCUCCGGCUCCGUGGAAUAAGGUCCACAGUUUCCAGAUCCAGCACAGUCCAAAGAAACCUCAGAUCCGACCUCUGCAGAGUCCAGGUUCCCCCAGCCCCUUCUCUCCCUGCACUUGUCUAAUUUAGCUGAAUUUAAUCUGAUUAAUUGAUUUGAUUCGCUCCCAAAUAGGGCAAUCUUCUUCUCUGUAGAAUCCAUAACAUUAUAGAGCACAGUCCACUGGCUAUCACACUUUGCUACUUCUGAUAACACUGAAGCUACAAUGGGGUUUCACAUUUCCUGGAUGUCUAUGCCAGAAUUGGGUCAAAUAGUAUUUACACAUAGAAAUCCACUU